CUCACUGCGACCCAUAUUUGAUUUCUGCAAAAGAGGUAGGGUAUCUGAAGCAACUAGAUGCUGACUGCUGCAAGUAAAAGCCAAUUCAGUUAAGACUGGAGUAAUCAUGUAUGCAACGAGCUUACUGUCCUUGGUGUUUUUUGCUCUGCAGCAAGAGAGCUUUUGCCAAGACAACGAAAUUGUUCACGACUCUGCUGCUGAGCGUUUUCUGGAAGAACUUGAUAAAAAAUCGUACAACAAAAAAAUUCGACCAAAUGUACAUUCAGAUAAACCUGUGAACAUAUCCAUCGCACUUUAUAUCAACACGAUCAGUGACGUCAAUGAUGCAAAUAUGGACUUCUCAGUGGAUCUAGUUCUUCACCAAAUGUGGCAUGAUCCUAGGCUGGCCUUUAAUAGUUCCUCCUCCGACAAUUCUGACACUAUCAUUUUAGACGAUGACAGUAUGAUCUGGCAUUCUUUCCUCUACUUUCGUAAUGAGAAGGAGGGAAAACAACAAUCGAUUACCAAACCGAACGUUGCUGUCAGGAUUAGCUCGAGGGGAAACGUGCUUUACUCGCAAAGGCUUGCUCUGGUGUUGGCAUGUCACUAUGAUUUCUCUGUGUUUCCCAUGGACAACCAAACAUGUAAAAUACAAAUGGAAAAUUUCGCCUAUCCAGUUGAUCACGUGAUAUUCACCUGGGCAAACAAUCCAAUACUUGUCAGUACUCAAGAUACAUACCUACCGGAGUUUGAACUAACUGGGGUCAAUGCAAAGGAAUGCAAAGCUGUGUACCCAAUAGGUACUUACGCCUGCUUGUAUGCCACAGUGGAGAUUCAGCGCGACAUACGUUUUUUUCUUCUCAACAUCUACGUUCCUAGCAUUGUCGUCGUCAUGUUGUCCUUCCUCAGCUUUUGGAUCGACCCAAACUCUACCCCUGCCCGGGUAGCCAUCUGCGUCAUCACGGUUUUGACGAUCGUCACCCAGAUAGUGUCUCUGCAGUCUCGCUUGCCCAGAGUCUCGUACGUGAAAGCCAUGGACACGUGGCUUUGUGCCUGCCUUUGUUUCUCAAUGGGAUCUAUGUUGGAAUAUGCCCUCGUCAGCGUGCUUUUGCAGAAAAAGAUCUUGCAACCACAAGAGCGGAAAAAAGAAAAUUCAUCUAAGCACAAAGAAACCCACGAAGUGAAUUACGCACUGAACAGCAUGUCUUCUUUGGACAAGCAAAAACAAACAGUUUGCUGUGCAGCAAAGAGGAAGCUGACGGCACAACACGUGGAUAAAGUUUCUAAGGGUCUCUUCCCUAUCUUGUUCCUAAUCUUCAACUUGUUAUACUGGGGUGCUUACAUGGUGUUCAAAAUACAUCCUCCUCACGAAGACGAAAAAUAA